GACGGCCGGACGAGACACACGCGAACAGUGCUCGGAUUUGUAAUAUUCGUGUAGCGCCAGGAGACUCGGCCAGCUUGCUGCUUGGUAAAUAUGGCGUGUGAACGGUGGUGCUUUAACCGUGGCUAUGACGGGACUCCGCGACGAUGGCUGUACAUCCUGUUGUUGGCCUUCUGCGUGCUCGAGCAUCUCGAUUCGAGCGUCGCCUACACGGAUCUCGAUCAAUAUUAUUACGCGGUGGGACCGUCGGGAGGAUCCCUGCAAGAUCGCGAACCAGUGAGAUUCCAUCUCGCCGAAGUGGAAGAUGAAGCAUUCCCGAGAUAUCGUCGUGCAGCAGAAGAGAAGUCGGUUUACCCGACCACGCAGGUACCGCACGAGCAACUGCAACCGCAGCAGCUGGUCACGCUGCAGCCGCACGAGCAACCGCCGUCGCAACCGCAGCCACAGACACAGCCGCAAUCGCAGGCUGUCGUGAAUGCCACGAACACGCCGAUGAAAGUUUCCUAUUUGACGGAGUAUUCGACUGAAUCGUCGAUCGCUGUAUCCUCCUCAUCAUCGCCAUCCUCCCCGUCCUCGACGACCGGUGGUACCGGUGUACAACCAACCGAAACAAGCACGAUUUCGGCUGAUAAACAGGGAACUUUGAAAAAGCCAAUUUUGUCCACUCCGAAAAAUAUUACCAAAACCAACGUCCUGUUAUCGAGAAACAAUUCUAACGCCAAUGAAACUGCCGAGAGCAAUAAGACGUCAACGAAAGACACCCCGGCGAAACCUGCAGAUGAAAAUGACGAUAAUGACGAUUCAGAUAGCAAUAUCGGAGAUAUAUCCAUUAGUAAGUUUUCAGACUGGAAUAAUAAGACCCUGACUCAACACAAUAUCACCAAGGCGGAGAACGACACGCAUCAAUAUUAUAACAGCACGUUCAUCGUCGACGAGGAGAUCGGGAAGAAAUAUUGGGUGGAUAUAGACAAUCAUCCAGAUUUAAAAGUGAAUCUCUUGCUCAGUCAGAGUCACCGACGUGCUGCGACAGUGAAAUUGAAAUUCGAUUUCCCUUUCUACGGUCACAAAGUUCGUAAUAUCACGAUCGCCACCGGAGGUUUCCUGUACACCGGCGAGUACGUUCACGUUUGGCUGGCCGCCACUCAGUACAUCGCCCCAUUGAUGGCGAAUUUCGACACGCGUUUAUCGAACGAGAGCUUCGUGAAAUACGCCGACAACGGGACAGCUUUUACGGUCGUGUGGGAGAAGGUGGUGUUGCAAGACAAACCAGAAGCCGGGGCGUUCACCUUCCAGGUGACCCUGCAUCAGAACGGCGACAUCGUUUUCGUGUACUCAGUGAUCCCGUUGAUGGUCGAACACAUCGAAGACACGGCUCAUCCCGUCAAAGUCGGCCUUAGCGACGCUUACAUAAUGGACAGAAUAGCUUAUUUCAUUCGGAGGAAAACGAUUUACGAGUAUCACCGCGUCAACUUCAAUCGACAGGACAUUAAGAACUGGACAGUGAUUUAUCUGAACGCUCUGCCCACUUGCUUAGGAAUUGAUAACUGCAGAGACUGCCUGACUAAACUAAAGGAUUUCGACUGCAAGUGGUGCUCGGAAUUGAACCAGUGCAGCACCGGGACGUUCAGAUCGCGGCAAGAUUGGCUCCUGAAGGGUUGCGACGUUCGGAUGAUAAAAGACGUGGACAGUUGUCCAUCGGCGACCACUACGUGCAAGAAUCACGUCGAGGAGUAUGUCAAUCCUGCUGUACACAUGCAAUCGGAGGAGUCGGUCACCGUUAACGAGAUGAAAGCCAUGUUCGAGGAUUCAAUGAUACAUUCUUUGAAGCACUCUCGGGGCAACAUGAACAUGGGAGUUUCUGGGAUUAUUGGAAUCCUUCUUGCGAUUGGUUUAGUACUUGGCUUGGUAGCGUGGGUUACGUACGCUUAUCGCUAUCCUCAUAGCACGUCUGGACAGAUGUUGAUCAGGUACCGACCGAGCCAGUGGAGUUGGCGAAGAGGAGAAGCUCGAUACACCGCAGCAACGAUUCACAUGUGAUGAGAUGCAAAGCGCAGUCGACAGUUAGUAGAGAACUAUCGGACCAAGCUUCCUAUUAAGUAUAUCUACAAUUAUGUCAAAAAGUGGUCUGCAACUACGAGACAGUUUGCAUGUGGCGAGACGCGCGUUUCAUUCUGCUGAUUGCCAUAAAAUUAUCGAUGUUAACGUAAUCGGUAUACAUACAUAUCAGUUCCAUUAAAAAGGAUGAAAUUAUGGAACGUUGGUCUCCGGGAUUACGGCGAUUCAGCUGUUAAUGUAGAGAAAACUUGUGGCCUUGAGCAAAGCGGGCGUGAUGAUAACGAGACUUCUAUUCAGAUUUUCGAAUCGUGUACACUCGCAGUAAUAUUAAUGUAGCAACGAAUUUACACUUACAGUUCGAUAAUGCCUCGCCCGCAAAAAAGCACCGAACUGAAAAUUUACGACCCAUCAUUUCCCCGCGGUUACUCGAAACUCAAAAGACUUAAACUGUUUCUACGCAUAAUACGAUGAGAGAGACGGGGAUCGUUUUACUCAGUCUUUACUGAAACGUUCGCGAUACGUAUGUAUUUUCUGAUUGGUCCAAGCAAAACCGUAUAUACCGUAAAAAGAUAGGCGAGAAAUCUUUAGCCUGGCUAAGAGGAGCAUUCAUGUGAUUUUAGCAGCAGUGGUAUACUUUGUUAUUGUUUAAGAAUUCGUUCUUUUUUCGUAUCGUUAUAUAAAUUACGAUAUUUGUUUAUAAAUAUAAAUAUAUAUGUACGUGUAUAAUCUACCGCGACAUGAAGAGCAAUAUUUUAAUAAAAAAAAAAGAAGAUGAAAUCGAUUAAACGACCAAGUUCUGAUCUAGCCUAUGGAAACUACAGUUCAACUAGAAUACGUGAAAAAUAAAUGGCUCUUUGAGAAAUGCAUACAUUAAGCGAUUGUAUCGCCGAUUUUGUCUAUUUUUUACAUUCCGAAUAUCAUAAAUAUUCUUGCGGAACAGUUAAAAUGAACGAACGAUGAUCUAUGCUCUGAACUGUAGUUUCGUUCUAUUAAAUACAUUUAUGUACAUGCUGUGUGCGUACAUCGACAUGCACGAAACAUAUAUAUGUAUUUCAUGAAAGGAAUUUCUAAAUGCACGAGCACUGUAACUUAGCAGUAACGUAGAUGAAGAGAUGGUAAACAAUAAAAUAUUCAGACAUACUGAUAAUAGUAGAAUCACCAAUGUAUAUAGGUAGCAUAUUAAAGUAAUACAAUAAUUUUUAUAUAAUUUUAAGUACGUAAUUGUAUAAUGUCAACAGGUGCACUUAAUCAACGUUUUGAUAGAUUUAUUGGCAACAACGUAUAUUAAGGUACUUCGUUUCUUUAUGAUACAAAUUUUUCUAAUCAUUAACAGUUUAAAAAGUAUCUACAAAAUAUUAAGUGUUUUCGAAGAUCUUAUGAAUUUGAUACAGUAAACUUUUAUAAUCGUAACGUUUUAAUCUCGCGAUUGACGUUCCUAAACAAUUUUUGAAAAUAUUACAAAAUGUGUCAGGAGUUAAUUAUAAAAAGAAUCACAAUUAUUUUUUGUGACAUUAUUGUGUAUAACCUAAUUGAUAGUUUGUGAUAAUAAAUACUGAUAAGCUUUCACGCCUA